AUGUCAAACCAAGAAGCCACCGGAAGUUGGCAGUUUUUACACAUAAAUAAUGAUAUUUCGUUGGCUAAAAUUACGAAAGAGUCAUCGUCAUCCAUCAUCGGUGUACUGAAGCUCUGCGAGGAUGAGAAGUUCUUACGGUUUCGUGUAAGCUCAGAGCAGAUUCCAAAGGAAUUGGGCUGUUCGAAUGGAGUAGAUUCAAUUAGCGAACUUUAUAAUAUAUUGACGAAAGGAGUGGAGGGUAGCUCAAUUGUAGCCAUGGAUAAAAAGAUCAUAAUAUCCAUCCAGAGAAAGAAGGCUUCUUCAGUGGAAAUUGAAACGGCAAUUAUCGCGAUUACCGGCGAACACUUAACGCAAUUACUAUUGGAAUGUAAUACGUAUCUUAUGAGGAACGUGUUGGUUUUAAAUUACGUUCAAAACUAUACUUCUCACACUGCCUUGGAGAAAGACAGAGCAAUAGAGUUCCUCGGGAAUACAGCCAAGGACUAUGGUGCUAAUAAUGCAAUUUUGAGAUGGGCUCCAGAAAACUCCCUCAACUACAGAGCGUUGAUGAAAUAUAAACCAGAGCUAGUGCUUCAGGAGAGUGCUCCGGAUAAAAUAAUUAAUUCGGAUGCAGUAAAUCUUUUUGAAUUAAAUGAUUCCAUGAAGAAUAACGGUACUAUAACAAUAAAAAGUUUUAAGAAAAGAGAUGAGUUGAAGAAUGAAAACAAGAGCACCUACGAUACAUGGGAAUCCAACUUCAGUGAAGAAGAACUGGAUGAUGACAGUCUAUUAGAUAAAUUCGAUCUCAAAGAUGAUUUAAAAAUGCAAGUUGCCAGGCUGAAGCCAGCCCAAAAAGAUGCUGGUUCGGAUUCAGACACUGAUCUCGAAUACGAAAGUCCUACAAAACGGGCGCGAACCAAAUAA